CACCCUGCCUCUCACAUCGCUCCCAGCCUGGAGGCGCUUCCCUCUACUCUCUGCCUGCCUGCCUGCACCCUGCUCUGCCUGCCUGCCACCUACUCCCCUGCACCCCACACCGUACCCCCCAAAGCCUGGCACUCAUGCCUCGAUCCUUCCUAGUGGAUUCCCUUAUCCUAAGGGAGACAAACGAGAAGAAGGUAGAGAGCAGCCCCCCUCUGUUCCCCUAUGCAGUGCACCCCACUCACCCACUGCACGGAUUGCCAGCCGGGUCCUGCCACUCUCGCAAAUCCGGACUCCUCUGUGUCUGCCCAAUGUGUGUCACUGCCUCCCACCUACACCCACCUCCACCUGGCAUCCCCCUGCUCAAAGCUUCAUUCUCUUCCUUUGGCACCCAGUACUGUCCGGCAGGUCUGGGCAGGCAGCACUCAGCCUCUACUGGCAUCAACGUUAGCCAUGGGCCAGCUCUGUACCAGGCAGCCUACCCACUGCCCGACCCCAGGCAGUUCCACUGCAUCUCUGUCGACAGCUCUCCCAGCCAACUGAGCAGCAGUAAGAGGAUGCGCACAGCCUUCACCAGCACCCAACUCCUGGAACUGGAGCGGGAAUUCGCCUCCAACAUGUACCUGUCGCGACUCAGGCGCAUUGAAAUCGCCACCUACCUGAACCUGUCGGAGAAACAGGUGAAGAUCUGGUUCCAAAACAGGAGAGUGAAGCACAAGAAGGAAGGCAAGAGCAGCACCCACAGGGCCAGUCCCCACGGCUGCAAGUGCUCGUCCCUAUCCAGCAAGUGCCUGGAGGAGGAUGAUGAGGAUCUGGCUAUGUCUCCCAGCUCCUCAGGGAAGGAUGACAGGGACCUCUCCCCAAGUCCCUAACCCACAGGACUAGAAGGAAAAAACUCUCAGACAAUUAGCACUGCCAAUGUAAAUGUGUAUAAUGGCCUUUGUACAUAGUGGGAUAAAUAACUAAAUACCAAACAGCCAAUGGACAAGCACUGACCCAUCAGCACAUGAUACAGACAUUUCCAUGUCACCAGCUAAUCUCCCUGAGCAAGAAGGGUUCUUAUCAUUACUAGCAGGGAACCCACCCUACUCUGCUACAGCAAAACUGCAUUUGGUUUGGGGGAGAUUCGGCCUUCUUCUGAACUACAUCUCCCAUCAUGCACUGACAGCCUUCAUUAGCCUUUCCUUCUCAGAAGGUUCUGGGAAUUGUAAUGAGGCAGACACUGGGCUGUGGGGUUCUGAGGAUAGAACAACAUCUGUUAAUGAAUGUACAGAAUUUUGCAACAAUAUAGAAAUAUUGUAAGAUUCUUGAGAAUAUAAAUUUCGUUGGGGAAGGGUGGGGGUAUGAUCUUUGUAUCGUUUGUCAAUAUCAGAAAGAAAAAUAUAUUUAUUUAUUUAUGUAAAAAUGGAAACAUAAUAAUAAAAUUCUUUUUUUUCUAA